UUACAAAUCAUAUCACACGAAAGAUUUCUUAAAGCAAACCUAAGUUAGAUACAGGAACCGCCACAGAUGUCACUUUCUCCCGUUCCUUCUUGUCUGCAGAUUGAUUGACAUCAUCGGUACCUACCUGUAUAUUGAUUUGAUUUCAUUGGAUUGUACAUAAUAUAUGUAGCGGUCGUAUUGUGAAGAUAAUUUUAAAGUUGUUGAUUUUUAGGGUUCCGUAUCCAAAGGGUAAAAACGGGACCCUAUUACUAAGACUCCACUAUCCGUCUGUCUGUCACCAGGCAUGAACCGUGAUACGUGAUAGCUAUGCAGUUCAAAUUUUCACAAAGGUAUGAUGUAUUUCUGUUGCAGCUAUAAUAACAAAUACUAAAAACAGAACAAAAUAAAUAUUUAAGUGGGGCUCUCGUACAACAAACGUGAUUUUUUGCCGUUUUUUGCGUAAUGGUACGGAUUCCGUCGUGCGCGAGUCUGACUCGCACUUGGCCGGGUUUUUUGCAUACUUAUACUCAAUUAGGCUGCAAUUAGGAUGGUAAUGAGCUUGAAUGUACGAAACAAUUAGACACACAAAUUUCCAUUAUACAAGACUAAUAGUAUUUAAUCAAUUAAUCAGUGGCAGCGUCGAGGUGGACAUGAAAACAAUAUUGGUGCUUAGUAUUAUGACUCUGUUAAGUUUAGCGGUAGCAAGCCCACGUGCACCGUGCGGCUGCAAACCGGACUUCGAAUAUUGCGCCAACGACCACGCCACGUACCACAGCAUCUGCGAGUACAAGUGCAAGCAUCCCUCCACCCCCUUCCAGGACUGGUAUAUUCUGUACUACGGGCCUUGCGUUUCGCCGUCGGAGAUUACCACUACAACUCCAAGAGACGAACCACAGAGAAUCGCUGUUUGCGGUGAAAACGGAUACGAGCGGGCGCCGCAGACCGGCGACUGCUACAAGUUCCACUGGGUCACGAAGGCCUGGGACGCCGCGCGGGCCACGUGUCGCGACGAGGGGGCAGACCUGGCUAUCAUCAACAGCGCCACCGAAUCUGAAGCACUCCGUGAAAUUUACGACAAGUAUUAUUAUAAGGUUGUUGGUGCUUAUGAUCGCACUUAUGCUAUAAUUGGCUAUAAAGAAAUACGUGGAGAGGGCUGGGUGACUAUAAACGGUGACUCGCUGGCCGCAGCAGGGUUCGACGGAUGGGGGCCAGGGGAGCCUAACAACGCAAGAGGACUCGAACAAUGCGGCUGUGUCUUCUGGAUAAACGGUCAACUCAACGACUGCGAAUGCUUUAAACCAUUUCCGUUCAUUUGCGAGAUUCCUCUGUAAUUUCUUCCUGUUAAUUAUAGUCUGUCAAGCCAUUUCCGUCGUAGAAAAAGCUGCAAAUUUAAAAAAUGUAGGCGUGAAUGGUCAUCCUCCCAUAGAAAAUUUGAAUUUUGCGCCUUUUACUGACAAAAUUUUAUGACAGACUAUAUUAUAUAGUUAAG